CUCAAUUAUUCCCGGGACCAACCUCUAUAGGAAGAAAGAGAGUCCCUCACUCCAUUUCCAUUCCUACAGCCUACACCCAAAAGUAUCUUGCCUUGCCUUUCUGCUCUCCUUACUCAAACCCUAAUUCGAUUUCUGAUCAUCCCGUGAAUUUUUCGCCAAUCGGUCGUAUUCCGAUUGAUCGAAUUCAACUGAUUGAUUAUUUAUUUUGUAACACAAGGGGAACUGAAAAAAAUGGUGUCGGCAAAUAGGGAAAUGGUGGUGUACUGCUUCGACACACUGGUCGCGCACUACAACAGCGAGGAAGCUCCUCCUCCCGCUUUCGAUGAGGGUCAACACCCAUUGUUUGUGACUUGGAAGAAAGCAGUCAAUGGUGGGGAACCUCGUUUACGUGGAUGCAUAGGGACUCUUGAAGCUCGCUGCAUAAUUAAUGGUUUCAGGGACUAUGCUUUAACAAGUGCCCUCAGGGACCGUCGUUUCCCCCCUAUACAAGCUAAAGAAUUGCCUUACUUGGAAUGUACAGUUUCCAUACUGACUAAUUAUGAAACUGCUCGUAACUACCUCGACUGGGAGGUAGGAAAGCAUGGAAUAAUUAUUGAAUUUACUGAUCCUGACUACAAUACAAGGCGAAGUGCGACCUACUUGCCCGAGGUUGCUGCUCACGAAGAUUGGACAAAGACAGAAGCAAUCGACUCAUUGAUGAGAAAGGCAGGUUAUAGUGGCACUAUCACUGAACAACUGAGGAAGCGUAUUCAGCUUACCCGUUACCAGAGCACUCUAUAUACCAUGCACUACAGUGAUUAUGCUGCCUAUGUGAAGACAACUAGAGGUGCUGCUCCGACUAUUAAUGGGGCAAAACCAGGGAAUCAUUGAUAGGUUCAUUACCUUCCAUUUGCACCAGAAAACUAUUCGGCUGGUCCGGAAGGUAAUUCAUUUAAACCAAAUGCUGGAUGCAAACGAAUUCUUGUUUCGUCCUGCUCAGUAACUGUUAUUGCUUCCUAUCCUAUCUUUUCUCAAUUCUCAUGUUAUUUGCUAACUAUUUGGAAUUAAUGCCCAAGAGCUUCUCUGGGACAAAGCUGCAAUGUUGUAAAACUUGUGUCGUUGUAAUAUAAUUUAUGUUAUGUUGGUUUCAAGUGUAAGUUUUCUUCGUC